AUGUUUAGUGGUUCAAUCCCAACUUCCAUAGGGCGUUUGAGGAACUUAGAAAUCUUGUUUCUUCGUGCCAACAAUCUUUCUGGUUCCAUUCCUCGUGAACUUGGCAAACUGGAAAACUUGACCGUACUGGAAAUGGAUGAUAACCAAUUCUCAGGCCAUUUGCCAGACGGUAUUUGUAAAGGGUUGGCACUUCAAAAUUUCACGGUGAACAACAAUAACCUCUCGGGGCCAAUUCCACCCAGCUUAAGAGACUGCAGAAGCUUAAAGCGUGUCCGGUUUGAUGGCAAUAUGUUCACUGGAAAACUCUCUGAAUCCUUUGGCAUAUACCCUGAUUUGCAGUUUAUGUGGCUCAGUCAAAACCAGUUUCACGGUGAAAUCUCCAAGAACUGGGGAAUCUCCAGAAACUUGACAAACCUGCAAAUGGCUGAAAACAAUCUCACAGGUAGAAUCCCUCCUGAGUUUCAAAAUUUGACUCAACUAGGAAUACUCAAUCUCUCUUCAAAUAAAUUGGGUGGGGAGAUCCCUGCAGAACUUGGGAGUCUAUCAUCUCUUCUUUCUUUAUACUUGGGGGACAACAAUCUUUCCGGUCAACUACCCCAAGAGUUAGCCUCUCUUAAGAAAUUGAAUGUCCUUGAUUUGUCCAAGAACCAAUUUAGUGGACCAAUACCCUCAUUCAUAGGAGACUAUGAGUAUAUGCAUGAAUUGGACUUGAGCCACAACAACUUCAGCCAGCAUUUACCAGUUGAGCUAAGUAAGAUAUCACAUCUUACAACGCUGGACCUGAGUAACAAUUCUCUCAGUGGAGAAAUCCCACAUUUGUUUAAUAGUCUUGUUGAUUUGGUGAAUGUUGAUUUAUCCUAUAAUCAGCUGACUGGCCCUAUUCCUGACACCAUGGGUUUCAAGCAAGCAUUUCUGAAGGGAAACAAAGGUUUAUGUGGAGAUAAUAAAGACCUUCCACCUUGCUCAUCAACACCUACAGAAAUGUCCUCUGUGGAGAAAAAAAGUGGCCACAAAAAACAGAUUCUCAGCAUUGUAUUGCCUAUAGUGGGAGCUCUGGUACUAGUUUCUGUGUUCGCGGUGGUUCUUUUCACUUGUGGUGGGAAAGGAGAUAGAGGUCCAGAUGAAGAGCAAUGCAAUUCGUUGAGGCGGGGCGAUGGCAUUGUAUUUGGACAUCUUGAAAGCCACCAAGGAGUUCCAUGA